GACCUCAUCCACCACCCCGCUCACCAUGCGUCUCGCCUCUGCAGCUGCACGCCUCGCCGCUGCCGCAAUCGCGGCCGCUACCGCCGUCGCGGCCGCAGCGGCGCCGUACGAGCUGGCCGACGCCAAGCUCAGCAUCGCCACGCUCGACGGCGGCUCGGUGCGCCUCUCGCGCUCCUUCACUUCGACGUCUGCGCCCGAGCUUGGCGCCCAGACGCUCGCCGCUGACGAGUUGCUGCGCCUCGUGUUCAGCGUGCGCGACGUGCACGGCGAGCCCGCGACGCCGGCGCAGGCUUCGGUGCUGCUGCAUGACGCGCAAGGGCGUACGCAGAGCAUGCCUGUUGGCCUCAAGCGUGGUCGUGCCUCGUGGUCUCUCAGGCCUGAGCGACUCGCCAACCUGGACCAGCACGUCUCCCUCACACUUCUCCUCGCUUCCUCGGACGACACGUACGCGCCGCUGCGGCUCAGCCUCGCGACGGACCUGCAGCUCCCCACAGCACCUGCCGUGGCACUUUCGCAGCGUGAGCGCAACGAGGAGACGCAGUCCUUCCGCCCGCUGCCGCCGCGGCACCACACCUUUGGGCCGACCUCGACUGAGAGCAUGCCGCGGAAGACCGUGUCGCUCGCCUUUGCGGCCAUUGUGGUGGCAGUGCCGUGGCUUCUCUUGAUUGCGCUGUCUUCGCAGCUCCUGCCGUCGCUUAACAUGCGCUCGCCCGGCAUCUCGACGCUCGGGCUGCUCGGCUCACUGCUCUUCCUCGAGCUGCUGGCCGGCGUCUACUGGUGGCACCUGACGCUCUUCCAGCUGCUGCCCUGGCUGGCCGUCGGCGGCGCGUCGGCUGCCUUCUUCGGCCGCAGUGCGCUGGGCGAGAUGCGGGCCGCGCGGCUGGGCGUCAAGUGAACGGGCAAUGCAAUGCUUAGAGAUAGACCGGUG